CGGGAUGGAGGGGGCGCGCGCGGGGCGGACAGCGGGGCUGGCGCGCGCCGUGCUGGAGAGGGCGCGGCGGCGGCGGGCGGCGGGACAGGCCCCGGCCUCGGGCGCGGUCAGUGCGGCGGGACAGGCCCCCUCGGGCCCGGAAGAAGACUCGGAACGUCUUAGUGCAGCGUUCACGUCAAUUGUGAACUUGAUGAAUCAAGCCACGAGGGAAUGCGAGAAGUACUAUAGCUUCACAGCAGCCUGUAGAUGCAAAGAGCAUGAAAUCAAACACAUCUGCAGAUACCAUGGCAGGCAAGAAAUAAAGGUGGAGUCCUCCGAAGAAGAGAGGACUGAAGCCUCUGUAGCACCCAGUCAAGCUCAAACUUGCCAGCAACAUACCAGAAAAGCUUCCAAAGACAUCUAUAUUGAAGUUUCUCCUGGUACCUAUUCUGUCACAGCAACCUCAGAGGACAUGGUGCAACAAACCCACGUGGUGGAUGUCAGUGCAGGACAAAGCGUUGAUUUAACUUUUGUUCUAUGAUGUUUGUUGUUUCUUGGCAAUCACAGGAAUAAAAUAUGAGGCUGUUUUAAUGCAUGUAAUGAACUAUGUAUAUCUUUUCCUUGUUAGCACUUUAAUAGUAUCCUCCUUUUUGGGACUGCAUUUUUAUGGCCUGUAUAUUUGUUUUUUUACUUAAUGCAAUUAUAUGCAGCUCACUUUGUACACUGAUUUUAUAAAUAUUUGUACAUUGUGUGCCUUAAAUACAAUUAUGUGACUCUGUAAUUCCAGGUUCCUAUGCUUUAAAGAAUUAAAUGUACAAUCAGUGGAAUAAAAUACAUAAUUCAGUCUUUGUGAUGACAACUUCUUUUACAUUAUCCUCAGGCAGAACGUCCAUGUCACAUUCUUGACCACAGAAAUCAUGAUCCAUGUGGUAUGAAUAUGGAUGUACGUUAACUUCUGUGGGCUGGCACUGAUUUUAGAGCAGCUGUCUCACAAUGCAUAUCUCCUAUCUGUACUUUUAUUAUUCUGAUGAAGAAAUAAAAUGCAAAUGUAAUUCGCUAUCUAUGACCCCAACUCAGGAAGGUGCUUGAAUGUGUCAGAUGUUCAGUAUAGGCACAUAAACUAUUGACACUUCAAGUCCUGUCUCUUCGCAGGCUCUUACCUAGGCUAAACAACAGUUAGCUGCCUCUUUCAGUAGGCACUAGGGUACCCUGGAUUGUCUCCUAUUUCCCAAGGCGAAAAGUACUGCUGAGCAACUGCACGCUGCAGCUUAUGGCGAAGUUCAUGCGCUUUAAACAUGAGCAGUCACAGUAAUGAGACUCCCUGGAUGCUUAACUCUCCUGAAGGAUCGCAUUCCAUGGUUAGAAUUAGUGACAUGACCUAUAUAUGUAUAUAUCUGUAAUCUUUUUGUAGCUGAUGGCAUUAAGGUUUCAUUCAGUUUUCAUGGGAAUAUAAAAUUCAGUGACUUGAACACUGGAUCUCUAAGCAUUUUGUUGUUUGUAUGUACAGGAGCAGGUCCUUUACCCUCUGGCUGCU